AUGCAACUAAUUGUGACAUCAGGUUUGCUUGACCAAAUCCGGAAUUCUCAAACCGAAGCAAUAAAGGAAGAAAACGUAAAAAGGGACAGAAUAGUUGGGCAGUUAAAAGACUUGGUAGACGGUAACCAAGGAUUGAAAACUCGAUUUGGGAGGAUUUGGGUUCCGAACUCAUGUGGAGCCAAGGCACUUCUACUUGAAGAGGCCCAUAAAUCCCAUUAUUCGAUCCAUCCGGGGGAAACUAAGAUGUAUAAUGAAUUAAAACAGAAUUAUUGGUGGCCCGGAAUGAAAAGAGAUAUUGUGAACUAUCAAGCGAGCAUUGGAAUGGCCCCGUAUGAAAUGUUAUAUGGAAGAAAGUGCCGAACCCCGGUAUGUUGGGGAGAAGUGGGUCCACGGGGACUAGCACCUACUGAUUUAAUUCGAACUACGAAUGAGAAAAUCGACUUGGUUCGAACUCACUUAAAAGCAGCUCAGGACCGACAAAAGUCGUACGCGGAUAAACGAAGAAGGCCGAUUGAAUUUCAAGGAGGCGAUAAGGUAAUGUUGAAGGUAUCGCUGUGGAAAGGGAUAAUUCGGUUCAGAAAAAGGGGAAAGUUGAGCCCAAGAUAUAUUGGGCCAUUCAGAAUUACCGAGCGGGUUGGUAAGGUAGCAUAUCAUCUCGAACUGCCUAAAGAAUUGAGUGGAAUACAUAGCACAUUCCACGUGUCACAUCUCCGAAAAUGUCUAGCAGACGAAACUGCUCAUGUCCACUACGAUGAUAUCGAGGUGGAUAACAGUCUCAACUAUGCAGUACAGCCAAUUGCAAUUUUAGAUCGUAAGGCGAAGAGUUUGAGAAACAAAGAGAUCAAUCAAGUAAAGGUUAAAUGGGAACACCGGAAGGGUGCGGGCACCACAUGGGAAUCCGAAGAAGAAAUGCAACGGCUCUACCCUAUGUUAUUUGGUACGUAA